AUGUCCUCCCUCCUAACCCCCUUCUUAUGGUCCUUUCUCCCAGGUCAGAUCACCCACCAACUCCUCCCUUACCUAUCUACCUCCUUACCCGGUAUAUUCCCCCCUGCGUCCAGAGGGUCACCCACCUAUUUGAGGAAUUAUCGAAUCGCAUUUACAGGUGUGAUAUGUACCUACUUGGCAUAUACGUUCUACACCGGUGAAGCCAGUCAGAAUAUCAGAGAAGACUACUAUGCAUUACUGGGUGUGAAUCCAGAUGUCGACGAAGACGGGCUGAAGAGGGCAUAUCGGACCUUAUCAAGGUUAUAUCAUCCCGAUAGAGCUGGAUCGGGUAACGAUGAUGUGUUCAUCUUGAUUAGAAGAGCGUACGAAACGCUCUCAGAUCCAGUCAAGAGGUAUGCUUAUGAAAGGUUUGGUCCCCAGAUACUAGAUUGGAAAUCAUCCACGAUCCGAGAAUACAUUAUCACGGGUUUAAACCAUUCUAUUGGGUUUUACGUGGUAUCAGGUGGAAUCAUGUUAUUACUUUCAUUAUUGGGUAAAGCAAGAGAUGGAUCAUACUGGCGACACACCUUGUUCAUCUUUCUCUUGAUAUCAGAACUAACUCUAAUCCUCUCUCCAACAUCCUCUAUUCCAUUCCUAAACCAACUAUCUCAAAUAAUUCAUUACCUAUUCCCAAUUGUGUCGGCACCGCAGUUCAUCCAAAUUACCUUCCUCCAUCGACUAUUCACCACAGUCUCUAUAGCCAUCAACCUACUUACGAGUGUGUGGUGUCCAUCCCUUCCAUCUGAGCAGGAGGAGAUGACCAAGGUUUUGGGUAUGUUGAGGCAAUUGGAAAUGGAAUCCGUGACGGCCUUUCAGAGUGAAGUUGUACCGUUGAUGUCAUCGGGAGAUCCGAAAAUUGUCGAAGAACUAAUACAGAGUACGAUGGAAGAUAUCUUAGUAGAAAGAAGUAUCUCAUCACAUCCCCUAAUUUAUCAAGCAUAUCAAUCAUCUCUCACAAAACCCAUACCAAGGAACUUACGAUCAUUUUCUCAGAACAUAGUUGGAGAUCAAAACGGGGUGAGACAAUUGGAGAUAGCUAGACAAAUACCAUUACCACCUUCACCUCCCUCACUUUCUCGGAAAUUACCUUGA